AUGAGAAACACGAGGCCUGUUCAUGUGAGGAAUACAAGUUCGGAUCCAUCAUCGCCGAUGAUGACGUCUCCACUGAUGAAUCGGCAUGUACGGUCAGGAUCGAAUUCUGGGGCAUCUUCGAAUGCCAAGAAGGCUCAGACGAAAGCAGCCGCUCAGAGACUCGCGGCUGUCAUGUCAAACCAAACAGGAGACGAGGAAGACAGUGAUGAAGACCUUUCCAUUGACUACAGCGCUCCACGAACAGGGAGCAUUGGUCUCGCUGCCGGAAGAUCUCAUCCUUCUCGCUCUCCACUGAUUAAGAACCCUAUUGCAAGGCGUCCACAUAUGGCAACUCCAUCGUUAGCUGAUGAGGACAAUGAAGAUGAUGACUUUUCAGUGGAUAUAUCGAGUAGCAGCAGACCAAGUAUUGGACUUGCUGGUGGAAGAGCAAUAAGACCUCAGUCUCCUGUGAUGACUAAAAUUGCACCUCCGAGACGUACACAACCAGCAGCCAGUGAAGAAAGUAAGAAUGAAGACGACGACGAUGUUGUUUCGGUAGAUUAUACAAUUGGCAGACCAAGUAUUGGUCUUGGAAGUAGUAGAGCAAUGCGGCCACAGUCUUCUAUGAACAAAACACAGCCACAAGUGCGUCCGGUGAUGGCAGUUAACAUUGCAGCUGAUGAGGAAAACGAAGAUGAUGAAAGUACAAAUGCUUAUACAAGCGGUAUUCCAAGUGUUGGACUUGCUGGUGGAAGAUCAACACGUUCACGCUCUCCUCUGCUACAAACCAAAACCCCUCCAUUGAGACAUCCACAAGCAAUAUCUCAGCCACCAGACAAUGAUGGUGAUAAUGAUGAGCCGUAUACUAGUGUCAUGCCCAGCAUUGGACUUGCUGGUGGACGCUCAAUGAGACCUCGCACUCCUGUGUCAAUUCGUACAAGGGAACAAGCUACUCCACAGACAGGACUUCCGACUUCAGGAAGCCGAUCCUCAUUAGGUGAGGAUUCUUCAGAACCGAGUGGUCAUCAAUCUCAGACUCAGACAAGCAGCAACCAAGUGGAGCAAUCUCCAUCUUCUCGUUCUAACAAAUCAUCUCAGUCUCUCAGUGCUAUGGAUCAGUCGUUUCGUUCAUCUUUCAGCGGUCGUCCAAUAAGGACAGUGCCUUUGAUGCCAUCUUCAGUGCCUAUCUCACUCAAACCAGUCACUCCUGCUUUUCAAAACGACACGCCAACCAAGCUCCGGAAAGACAAAAGGUAA